AUGUAUGAAGCGUUCUUGGAAGAAGUUCCUCUUCUGUCGUCCCUAAAACCCUACGAACGUUCCAAAAUUGCUGAUGCUUUGGACACCAUCAAAUACCCGGCAGAACAUACGAUUAUUGCAGAAGGCGAUCCCGGCGACGCAUUUUACUUGCUUGAAUCCGGUGAAGCGGCCGCAUAUAAACGUGGCAUCGACGGCCCAACCAAGCAUUACAAGCGGGGCGACUACUUUGGCGAACUGGCUUUACUCGACGAUAAACCAAGGCAGGCUAGUGUGAUUGCUAAAACAGAUGUUAAAGUUGCGCAGCUGGGAAGGGAUGGGUUCAAGAGAUUGCUAGGUCCUGUGGAGGAUAUCAUGCGACGUACGGAAUAUGGUGUCCCCGAAGGACAGACAAAGUUGGAAGCAUCCGAAGAGUAG